AUGAUUUUCCAGCAAUUUAGCAUAAUCGGGCCCACGACUGCCAUCAUUUUGACUGCCAUCUGCUAUGUCACGGUCUUGUCUGUCUAUCGUCUGUUUUUACAUCCCUUGGCCAAAUUUCCUGGUCCUAAGCUCACGGCUCUCACAAAAUGGUAUGAGUUCUACUUCGACCUGAUUAAAGGUCAUGGGGGCCAGUUCGCCUGGGAGAUACAGCGAAUGCACGAUAUAUAUGGACCCAUUGUCAGGAUAAAUCCUGACGAGAUCCACAUACAAGAUCCUGACUGGUUUGACACACUGUAUGCCAGUAAUCCCACUAGGAGAGACAAAUACCCACCAGCUGCAAAUAUGGUUGGCGCACCCUUGGGCACGUUUGGUACGGUUGAGCACGAUAUCCAUCGAAAACGACGUGGAGCCAACAGUCACCUGUUCUCUAUGAGUGCAAUCUCUGAUGCUCAACCUCUUAUAUUGGACCAAGUACGAAUUCUAUCAGACCAAUUUGAAAAGUUCCUGAGUACGAAAGAAAUAAUUGACCUCCGCGUUACGUUCUUGGCCUUCACUACAGAUACAAUCUCAAGAUAUGCGCUCGGGGAAAGUAAAAAUCUCCAGGAAAACAAGGCACUCGCAGUCGACUGGAGUGCAACAAUUCGCGCAGUUGCUAGAGUAACACCGCUGAUGAAGCAGUUUCCUUGGAUGAUGACCGUGGCUCUUCAAAUUCCUAUCAGUAUCCUCCGAUUUUUCAUGCCUGAAUUAUCCAGAGUAGUGCAGUAUCACGCUGAUAUGCGAUCUUUUGCUGAGCGAUUUAUAUCCCAACAGCAGAUGAGCCAAAAAGAGCCAAAAAGUCGGGAAGAUUCUUCCGGCAUGGCUCUGUUUCAAUGUAUAUCAAAAAGCAAUUUGCCCGCUCACGAGAAAGAAGAAGAACGCCUUGCUCAUGAGGCACUCGUGGUGAUUUCAGCAGCAUCCGAAACCACAUCUCGUGCUCUAAGCAUCACCAUGUUUUAUAUACUGUCAAAUCCUCAAGUUUUGAAACGUCUACAGAAUGAAAUAGAGAUAGCAAUGCCUGAUGCCUCCAUCUUACCAUCCUCGAAGGCUCUAGAGGAGUAUCCCUACUUGGUCGCGACUGUCAAGGAAGCGUUGCGAAUAUCUGCAAUGAUCACAUCAAGAAUGCCCUUGAUGGCUCACGAUGAGCUAGUCUACAAGAAUUGGAAGAUACCAGCAAUGACGCCUACAAGCAUGACGACUCAUGACAUUUUGCUUGAUCCUAAUAUAUUUGAGAAUCCGAACAAAUUCGAUCCCAAUCGCUGGUUAGUAGAAAACCCUCCCCCCGAAUGUUAUUUUGUACCAUUUGGGAAGGGUACUCGGAUGUGUCAGGGGAUGAGGUACGACUUCCAGCUUCAUGAUACGUUGCGAAAACGCGACGUUGAAUCUGUCCAAGAUUGCUUCAUCGGGGAGCCACAUCCGAAUAGUCUUGGGGUCAGAGUUAAAGUAGUUUCCAAGAGAUUAACAGAACUAGAUGAUAAUUCCCUCUUUGCCUCGCUCAUGGCAACGGAUAACCCCCAAAAAGUCCCCGCUAAUCUCGAUAAUUUCACUCCCGGACCGGACGCGAAUCUAAUAUGUCCAAUUAGAUACAUAUACGAUUACCUCCCUCAAAAGCCCCAGUGGCUACAGGCCCAGCAAGUCGCUCUCAAUGAAGUACUAAAAUUAGAAUUCACCGAGAUACAGGGAGACACCAAGAACAAUGGAAUUGCCAUCUACCCUGGAGCUGUCAAUCUACCCGUUCACACUGGGCUUCGAACCUUUCGACAAAGCAUACACUGGGAAGCCAACGAGAAGGCAACUAGAGAGCUACUCGAGCUAUUUGCUCAAGACCAAUACUGCAAGGACGCCAUAUUGACCAACGGGCAAUCGAUGGCUACUCUUGCCAAACGUCAACUCCAAAGCUCCGUCUUGGAUACUUAUGGUCGGUUUAGCAUCUACAUGUUUGCGGAUGCGGAUGAGAGACGGAUCCGACUUCUGGCUCAAAGCGUGAUAUUGAUUUUCAUUUUUGAUGACAUGUGGGAAAACGCAUCCUCAGAAGUGGUGCGAGAUGACUUCAUUGGACGUAUCCAAGGAAAUGUCACAAAAUCUAUAGCAGACACUCCGCUACAAAAACGAAUGCAUGAGAUUAGACAGGGCUUCUUAAAGGGAGACGAGGAAGAUGGAGGGAAUGGAGGUGCGGAAGUGCUUCAAAAGCUCAUUGAGUUUUGUCGUCACGAACACCCUGAAGCAUUUUCCUCUGCACGGGAAUACCUUGAUUAUCGAUUUGAUGAUAUUGCGAACGGAUUCACAUGGGCUUGCACCAAAUUUUCUCUACAUUCAAAGGUAGAUCUGGAGAGCCCGAAACUUAGACGCCUACUCGGUUAUCUCGGUGACCAAAUCUCUAUUGCCAAUGAUAUAGCUUCGUACGACAAGGAAGAAAAGCAAUUUCUCGAGGGAAGAGCGAAAGAAAUGAUUAACCUGGUACAUACUAUUAUGCAGGUCAAUCGUAUCAGUGAUGUGGCCGCUGUAAAGUCUAUGGCUUAUGCUAUACAGCUCUGGACCGAGAAUGAGAUAUUAGAAGAGCUGAAAACAUUGAGGCGCCAGGGACGACUCAAUGCUGAGGAAUGGAGAUUGGUGGAUGGAUGUUUGGUCGCUGCCUCGGGUAAUCUUUUAACCUCAAUUGUGAUCUCUAGAUAUGGUGGUGAGAAGUCAAAGAUACCCUUGUGA